CUGCCGACAAUCUUUCUAUCUUUAAAUUUAUGCAUUGAGCUGCUGAUCUUCUGUACUAUAUAUCAAAUAUAUCCACGGCUCUUUCCAGAGAUUCAAGGUUUGAUCUCUCAAAUAGUAAAAUUACACACCAAGGCAUCAUGGAUGUCUUCUAUGCUUAUACAUACUCCACUGCAGGAUGGCUUUCACUGCAAAGCUUGCCCCUAAUUGUGUCGCCACGGAUGAUUGUCUCCAUGCUUCUGGAUGAGACAAGGCCACCUUCAGCCAUGGAGGCCUAUUUUGCACGCUGCUCCGGCUUUGGCUUACUGACCAUCGCCAUCCUGACUGCCAUGCUGACAGGCUCAAUUCCAUUAAGCUCCUCGGUAUCCGAGCCCGUCACGUCUGAAGAUUCCGAUCCCAAGGCUCCAUACGCCGUGCCGACACUGAUCAUCACCACAAUUUUCCACGCCAUUACAUCUUUCUAUGCAUACACCUGGUACACAGCGACGGAUCAGUUCGCAUUUGCAGCCGGAAUGGUGGGUUCUGGCUUUGUGGCAUUUAUCGGGUUGUGGUGCAUUCUUUUUGCCAGCGGCAAUGGGAAGAUCAGUAAGAAAACUGGAGCAGACAAGAGAACUGCAGGCUUCCCAUUUAGUAACAGUGAGGCGGAUAAGAAACACCCGGGAAGGAAGCGGAUAUAAUGGUGGGCUGACAGGUACUACCGUAUGCUACCUCUUAUGGUAGAGGGGCUAAUUUGAGGGAUUUCGGUCAGGUACAGAUUGGGUUCCAAGAAGCUGGUCAUUCACAGGAGUUAUUUCGAAUUCUGUCAGACAUGUAUCGUCAUCACUUACACAGAUUUGGGCUGUAACAAGCUUUGCUUCCUUCCAUCAGUGUUACUCAAACGCUUUUGCGUUACAGCAAUCGUGCCUGACUGUCUGAUAUCAUACUCUUUAAUUCCAGAUGGAGGCUCACAUGAAUUCAUCUCUCACAAACUCUGUACUUUAC